UCCUGAACUGGCCUCACAGAACUUCAAAACUGCCCUUAUACAAAAGUUUGUGCCACAGUCCCGAUCUGCAAUGGACAGAUCAGUAGUAUAUGCUGAUUUAAGCUUAUCCAGGGGCCGAGGCCCAGAAAGUUCAUCACCUCCAUCUCUUCCCCAAGAUGUCUGUCAGGGUCCACGUUGGCACCAAUUGGCUUUGAAACUUGGCUGUGCUGGGAUAAUUCUUCUUGUCCUGAGUGUGAUUGGGUUGAGUGUUUUAGUGAUAUCCUUAACACAAACAUCACCAAUAGAAAAGAACAGUGUGGAUGUUCAAGAGAACAGGAAUUAUACAACAGAGACACCAGGUCCGUUACAGUGCUCAAUACAUUGGUCUCAACUCCAAGAUAAAUGCAUAUUUUUUUCUGGCUCUUCUAAUACUUGGAAGGACAGUCUAGCUGACUGUUCCCAAAGAGAAUCCAGUUUGCUGCUCAUCCAAGAUCAGGAAGAACUGAGACACAUACAUGACCUCAUAAAAACUGAAGGAAUUCUGUAUUGGUUUGGACUAAAUUUUACGUUGUCAGAGAAGAACUGGAAGUGGAUAAACGGCUCCUUUUUAGAUCAUGACAUAUUACAAAUUUUUGGUGAAAAUAAAGAAAACAGCUGUGCUGCCAUCUCAAAGACAAAAGUGUUUUCUUCAAACUGUGAUUCAGAAAACAAAUGGAUCUGUGAGAAGAAACUAAAACCUGUCAGAAAUAAAAUAUGUCCCAACUCUUGA